GCGACCCUUCAAGCUUCAAGUUGUCAGCCGUGUGAUCAUCGAUAUACUUACGACCUUUCCGUUGGCAACGAUUUAUCGAGGAUAGUAAUUCGUGAUAUCAAAUGGAAAAGUGCGGCGCCCCAAGCUCGGCACCAUGUCGUACAAUUUUCAGUAGGACGCCACAAGUUUACAACCCUGUAGUACAACGCUGCCCUAUAAGUAUUUUUCAUGUCGGAACUAGAAGAAUCCUUCUACGCUCUUAAUUGGAAUAACUCCAUAUCAGUUGCAGUCAUAACCCUGAUAUCCUAUGAGUACAUGCUUCAGUUCGAGAAAGAGGUCACGUAUGUUUGGCAAAGACAGUGGUCAGUGAUGACAUAUCUAUACCUUGCCGUUCGAUAUUUUGGUAUCUUCCUUGCAAUAUUUGGUGCCUGCUGGGGAGGUCUAUUUUAUAUACCUGAAGCAGUGAGUUAUGGUAUGUUUCUGUUGAUGCAAUGGAGUUAUUCUGUAUAUUAUUGCUUGGCGGAAGUCGUUCUCAUCUGGCGUCUUUAUGCCAUAUACAACCAAUCUAAGCUCCUACUUUAUGUUCUGCUGGGGUUGUUCCUACCCAUCAUCGCGAUCUAUAUAGCGAUGGACAUAUUUUUAUGGAGUCGACCCUCAGCAAUCUCAGUGCAAGAAAUAACAAUAACUCCAGACAUCAAGUACUGCACGACUGUCUUCCACAUCGGGCCUAUGCCUGCGAUAUAUGCUUCUAUCCCCGUCAUAUGCUUUGAUAUUUUCCUGGUUAUCCUCGCCAUUAUCGUCCUCGGGAAGCACCUGAGAGAACGGAAGGAACUUAGAAUGAAACCUAACGCCUAUGUAAUCAUGAUCGUCCGAUAUCAUGUCAUAUACUUUGUCCUGAAUUUGGCAAGUCAAAUAAUCAUGGCGAUGUUGUGGGACGACCUUCCGACGGUGGCGAUGAAUCUCGUACUGUUGUUUAACGAUACGUCGCCGUUUAUUAUCGUGCCACGUCUUAUCAUGAGCAUUUGGGAUACGCAUGCCAAUGACAACUGUGUAAAUGUCAGUACGACAUUCGAGGAUUGCGUCUGUUGGACUUCGCCGCCGAGAUUGGAGCAGCACGAGAUGGACUCCCGCGUAUAAUGUUUCGACUUGAGGAAGAAGGUAGAUUGGAGUCCUUCUCUCAUGCUCUCGUCCUAGAAAAUUCUCUGCUACUUCAUGGGAGCAAGCAGUCCAGGGCCCAAUUUUUCUGUGUAACUAUGUACUAUCAUGUUCAUAAAGUCUCAGCAUAUAUCGAGCUUGUAUGUAAUAGCUAUGUGUAGAAGUGCGGCCUACCAUAAUUUAUUUAAAAGGAUUCGAUAUGCUC